UAUGAAAGUAAGUAACCCUGAGAAGUUUGAGUGUCUACCGACACUGAUCUAAAAUACUACACCUAAGAUAGGCAACUGAAAGUAGGUCAUGAGGCUUAACUGCUCAAACACUCAAAUAACCCCUCAAAAAGAACUGUAACUAACAUCACAUCAGACAGUGUGGGCGUGUGUUAUUUUACACUAGAACAAAUUUCAAUCAAACUGUAUCAAAAUUAUAUAUAAUUUUUUCCUUCCUGGAUCUCCAACCCAGCAUUUUCUGCCAAUAUCAGCCUGAACCUGAAUCCCAUCGAUAGGGACAUGCCAUCUCUAAAGAUACCAGCUAAAAGAUUAAAUGGAAAACUCCACAAGAAGCAAGUUCCUUCCACAGUUAUGUCACGUAUGUAAAGAUUUCCAGUCACUGGUAAAACAUUCAACAGCGCAUCAGUGAUGUUUCCAUUCAUGUCAGGAAGCGGUAGUGUUUGUCUGGGUUAAGACCCAGCUGAGCAACGAAAGGAAGCAGUGAUACUACUUACAACACAAAUCAAACAUGAGGUACGAUUAUUUUUAAUAAAUAGAGUUUAAUUAGCAUUACGAUACAGGUACAACGAUGUUGGAUCAGGCCUAUUGCUGCAGGUGUUAAGCCACAGGCCUGUCUGAUGGUGUUCGCUGGGCUCUAUUGGGUGCACUUUUGUUGUUGUGUUCUUAGUUUAAUGAGGAGUUCCUAUGAUCAUACAAGUGAACUGAAUUACAUGUGUGUUUCUCGGUUUCACGUUUAGGAGAGCGCUGUGUAGUUUAGAUUCUCGUUUGGCCUUCAUGUGGUUGACCUGUUUUAUACUCUGCCUGGCAACCUUGCUGCCUGUUGAGUCAAACUGACUCUAUUGUUGACAUUAUCUUUCUUUGAGAUAGUUUUAGUUUUUAGUGUGCGACACUCCAGCAGACGGGCCAAUCAGCUGUUCUCCAAUCUCUUCCUAUUCAAUUUCUAGCCUGUGUUUUCUCUUCCCAUUUUAACACUCAGAUCCAGUUUUACACUGGUCUUUCUCAUGAUUAAGGAUGUUUAGGUCUGUUUCACAUCUCUACCACAGAAAGAGAACUCACUCAAUUGCGGUACCCACAUCCAGCUAGUCAAUGAAUCAUUCUUUUAAAUCGGUUCACUGACUCAGUUCCAAAUGUACGUGUCAAAAUUCGCUUGAACACCAAUGUUGUUGUUAACGUGGCAUUUUCACUGUUUUAACAGUUAACCUGGCUAAAAAAAGUUAGGAAUAAAAAAAUGUACAAUGCUACAACAUAUUAUUCUUUGUAAAUCAAAUCACUAGUCCAAAUUAAUAAAUCUAUUUUUCAGAGAAUCAAUGUUUGCGUCAUUUAAUAUUUAUCGAAUAAUACUCGUACAUAAUUAAUAACAGUGUGUUAUGUACCAAAUGAUAAGUAUAUAGCCAGUCAUAAAACAUAACACAUACACUAUAUGAACAAAGUAUUGGAACACCUGCUAAUUUUUAAUUCCUUCCAAAUUUAAGGGUAUUAAAAAUAGGAGUUUAUACAGUUUUUGCUGGAGUAACUGUAUCUACUGUCCAGGGAAAGUGUUCUACCAGAUGACAUUUCCUACCAUGAAUCAAAGCCCAAACUAUCCCCUAAAAUGUUAGGUAUGAGUUGAUCGCAUUGUAACCUAGUAUUGUACAUCAUUAUAUGUAUAGUGACUUAUAACAACUUUUGUUGAAUUACAUUAAAGUCAUUAAUUACAAUUACAUUAAAAUACAUUAAAUGUCGAUGAAUAAUGUAAUGCGCUCAUUUACAUAUACCUGCCAUCCUCACAUCAAUGGGUCAAUCAGUCUUUUCCAAAGUCUUACUCUGGAUAAGAAACUGUUGUCAAUAAAAAAAGACCAAGUAUAAUAUGUUUUGUUCUCAUUUGUUUAAGUGGGUUCUCUUUAUCUACUUUUAGGACCUGAAAAUUUGAUAACGCGUUCUUAUGCCAUACAUUGUAAUUCAAUAUAUGGUAAAAUACUGUUAAAAUAAAUGACAGUAUACGCACUGUAAAAUAAGAGUAAAAUGCUGGUAUCUCUGCUGCUAGUAUUUUACUGUUCGGCUACAGUGUUUAAAAUAUCUCUCUACAGUGACUAGACGAACUUGGUGUCCAACAUUUUUAGAUACAGUGCAAGUAUUUAAAAUAGCCAAUUAAAUAGACCCUGUUAUAUGUCCCUUUUUUAGCAAACAAGACUAACAUAAAAUACUUAAAUGCCAGUAACUUAUAUGUUUUAAUUUCACUGGUUCGUUUACUUUAUUAAUUUGAGGUUAAUUUAAAGUGGAAAAACAGUUAAACAAUCAUAUAAUUUAUCUUAAAAGUACAAAACAAAUUAGUGUUGAGUAAGUAGUAAACUCUGAUCAAACACUGAGUUACCCUGAAUCAAUGAAUCUUUAAUUCAGACAUCUGAUUCACUGACUAAAUCAGCUCAGUUGAAUUGAUUCAAACUUUGUGGUGAUCUCUGAAAGCUGUGCGGGGCUUAUUGUUCAGUCACCUCCCCCCGAUAGUCUUUUUCCCCCUCAGCUUCUCGAGUACAACCACACAGGAACCUGCCUAGCUAACUGACUGCUCAGACAAAAAGCCCACAAACCAGUUGGCAGCACGUUAUUAACCUUUCACAUAGUAUUGUUAGGAGAUUUUUGAUAUUAUUGUGUUAGUUUACUUUCAUUUCUGAAGAUGUGUCUUCUCUGAGGAACACCUGCACUACCUGUGGUUUGAUAACUCUGGAAAAAGCUUCUCUCAGACAGAGGAAUGGAUUGGUUGUGCAACAGGACCUUUCUGCUGGUGUUUACAGUGGGAUCAGUAAUAAGGAGCACAAUACAGGACUCGGAAAUUAAACCUGUGGUCCCGGCAACAGUUGAAGUGUGUUCAGGGUCUAACGCUACCAUCAACUGUACUUUCACAACAGAUUCUGAAGGCCUCAAAAUAAGAUGGCAUUUUAAUUCCUUGUCUAGUCAACCUAAGACAGAAGAAAACAACGAGCAUUAUGAGAUUAAAAAUGGAAAGACGUGGUCGGCGCUGACUAUUAAAGAAGUCACUUUUAAUGACAGUGGAUUGUAUUAUUGCGUGGUUAUACAGGAUAUCCCUAUGUUAAAAGAAUACUACAGCAAUGGCUCUCAAUUAAAUGUAAUUGAUUCACACACAACCAGUUCUCCAGAGCUCAAUGCUACAGAAACAGCCACGGUUUGUGCAACAACGACUAGCAGUCCACCAUCUUCAGACUGGUUGGUGUGGAUGGGCUCAACACUGGGAGGUGUUGCACUGGUGAUAGUCAUAAUCAUCAUAUGGCUCGUAAUCCGCCAAAGAAAAGAAAACCCUAUUUAUGAGAACACAAGUGCAUAUGUGCAGAAAGAUCGCUCCCCACGUCCAGGAAAGGCAGUGGAAAAAAGCAAAACAUGUCACCAAGCAGAUACUCGAAGGUCACAUAAAUAUACAUCUGGACCCAGAAGUAGAAUGGUGUAAAAAGAAUAGAAAUGGAGAAAAAAACCCUGUUUGGACUGUUGUUAAAAUCUACUGCCCAACAUUACAAUGCUUUUGUUUCUGUGCAUCUUUCCUCUACUAGGUUCUGUCAAAAUAAAUAUGUAAGAAAUAACUUAUAACAAAAUAUGCACAAGUUAAUACAUGUACUGUAUUAUGUAAGUAAAAUUAAACAAAUACUUUAAUUAAUCAGUACAUUCAUUCAGUAAUGCAUUACUAUGGGUUUGUUAAAUAUGUAAAUGAGUAGCUAAAUGUGAUGAAUUAAACAAUGUUCUUAAUUCAUUAAUAAUGUAUGU